AUGGAGAAAGGAAACCAGACCACAGUGGCAAAGUUCAUCCUUCUGGGGUUCACCACAAACCCCAAACUCCAAGUGCUCCUGUUUGUGCUGCUUCUAUUCAUAUAUAUAGCCAGCCUGAGCGGGAACAUGGCACUGAUUGCCCUAAUCUGUAGCAGCUCUCACCUCCAUACGCCCAUGUAUUUCUUCAUUGGGAAUCUGUCCUUCCUGGACCCCUGGUAUUCCUCUGGCUACACCCCUAAAAUCCUGGCGAACUGUCUUUCUGAAGACAACAGCAUUUCCUUCGGAGGUUGUGGUUCCCAGUUCUUUUUUUCUGCUGGCCUUGCAUACAGCAAAUGUUACCUCCUUGCAGCCAUGGCCUAUGACCGUUAUGCAGCCCUGCUGUAUGCCAUGGCCAUGUCCAGAAAGCUGUGCACUGGGCCGGUGGCCAUCUCAUAUCUAAGCGGCUUCACCAAUGCCACAAUAAUCAUGAGUGAAACCUUCAGGCUGAGCUUCUGUGAAGGCAACAUCAUUGACGACUUCUUCUGUGACCUUCCUCUACUGGUGAAGCUGUCCUGUAAUGUCCCAGGGAGCUACCCAUCUGUGCUGUACUUCAUUCUGGCCUCAAAUGUGAUUACUCCCUCAGCACUUUUCCUUGUCUCCUAUGCCUUCAUCCUGGCGGCCGUCUUAUGGAUUCAGUCCCCUGAAGGGAGAUGGAAAGCCUUUUCCACCUGUGCCUCUCACCUGACUGCUGUCACUUUGUACCAUGGCUCCAUCCUCUUCAUCUACUCGCGCCCCAGCUCCAGCUAUGCCUUGGAGAGGGACAAAGUCGUUUCUGUCUUCUACACCAUGGUAAUCCCAGUGCUGAAUCCCCUCAUUUACAGUCUCAGGAACAUGGAGGUAAAGGAAGCUCUGAAGAAAGUUGGGAUGAAGUGGAGGGCAGAAUAA